CGGCGCAGGGGAGCAGGCCGCGGGGCGCCGGGCACGGCGCUGAGGCGAGCGGCGGGGCCCGGCUGGCCGGGUUCUGCGGGGGGCGGCGGGCGGUGUCCUGGCGACGAGGGGGCUGCCCGCCGGGCCAGGCAGUAACGUGGGGGGAACCGGGGAGGGGGCGGUGGGCGAUGCCGGGGUGUGUGCCUACCUAGGUGCUCGCCCGCCAGCGGGGCUGCGUCCCAGGGGCAGAGCAGGCUGGCCUCGCCCUCCCCAGGUAAGGUGUGCCCUGCACACGCACCUUUUGAAACACUUUGCCACGAGUAUGGAUUAAAACCGGCGGGUUUGGUUUCAGCUUUGUGGCAUCUAUUUCUAGUCGGCAGCCUACUGUUCAUAUUGCAAAAUAUUUGGGUGUUAGAGUGCCUUGCAGCGCUGAGCAAGUAUAAGAAACAAACUUCCUACCAGGAGCAAGCUGGUUUUGCUUGGUUAAACAGUGCUUUGGCAGGCUGGAGUUAAAAAGUCUCCAUCCCAGUCCCAUAAUGAACGUAAAUAUUCUCAGAGAUCAUGUGAGUAUGAAGUAUGCAAAGAUAUGUUCUUUUAUAACCAUCGUUACAAAUUCUAGUACAACAGGACGAGAGUGUCACCUCCAGUAAGUUCCGUCUAUCUCCUGAGGAACGCAGGGAUGUGAAAUCCUUCCGUGUCUCUCCGUGUAUGUCUGUCACUUAACGCUUUUCAACCUAUUCGCUAAUUUCAGCCAGGUUUGAAAGAUGGAAAUUUCUGUCUGAAAACUGACAGACGGGGACAGGAGGGAAGCCCGAAAUCUGCGCCCUGCCGCAAGCAAAGCAGGCAUAGGGAAGUGGUUGACUCACCAUCCCUGGAGGGUAAAAAUGAACGUAGGAGUUGCCCACAGCGAGGUAAAUCCAAACACGCGGGUGAUGAACAGUCGUGGAAUGUGGCUGACCUAUGCGCUGGGAGUCGGCAUGCUGCACAUUGUCUUGCUCAGCAUUCCUUUCUUUAGUGUCUCUGUUGCCUGGACUUUAACAAAUGUCAUUCACAACCUGGGAAUGUAUGUGUUUUUGCAUGCAGUAAAGGGAACUCCUUUUGAAACACCUGAUCAGGGGAAAGCUAGGCUACUAACACACUGGGAACAACUGGAUUAUGGAGUACAAUUUACGUCUUCAAGAAAAUUCUUCACAAUCUCUCCUAUAAUUCUACAAGGGUGUCAUCAGCUCAGCUUGCUCCCUUUUUGCCUUGCAGGUACUUUCUGGCAAGUUUCUACACAAAGUAUGAUCCAACACACUUUAUCCUCAACACAACCUCUCUUCUGACCGUGCUUAUCCCCAAGCUGCCACAGUUGCAUGGCGUUCGAAUCUUUGGCAUCAAUAAAUAUUGAGCAGAAGGUCUGGCACAGAGCACCCCUGAUGUGGCUACUGCUGCUCCCCAGGAGAAGGAAGAGAGUAGUCUGCUGUGCCGUGUAUCUAAUCGUAUUCAAUGAGAGAUGCUUUUACACCUGAGAUACAGCUCCUGCUUCCUGCAGCAUUGUCUGGGAUGGAAGCUGGGUUUAUAAGAAGAUGCCUUCAAAUACUUAAAUGUGAAUUGGAAACCUCUAGAAGAAAGAUUUCCAUGAACAACUGGGCAGGCCCAGCUCUAAAGUGUAAUCCCCACAAAGACUGUGUCUGUGCCUGGCUGACGCAAGUGACUUGCAAGGCAGGUGCAAACAGCUGAGAUGGAGAGCAGCGUUUCACAAAUACCCAGUCAACAGUAACGCAAACAAUAACUUUACGUAUAAAUCCAGGAUCCUGGAUGCCAAGGGCUGGCGAGGCCGCCGUCUUAGAUUAAGUAGCUAGUUUCUGCUGUAUGGAUUGUAGGUGGUUGUGCUUGUUAUUGCAUUGUAAAAGUUUGUCUCACGGUAAAUACUGUGACAGGUAGCAUAAACUGAAGGUAUGCUUCAUGCCUUACCUGUUCUUGUGAUUUAUUAUUUUUUUUUUUAUUUUGUCACAAAGACCGAAGAAAGUCCUUAACUGCCAGCUCAGGGGAUUUCUACAUCAACUUGAUAGCUCAGUUUAUGUACGCUUUUACAAGUCGCUGCUGUUGUGUUUAUUUCAUUUUGCUUACCAGGAUACUGACUUUUCUGUAUGUAGAUGUGACAUUCUGAAGAACUGAGAUUUCUUUUAAGGUGUGGAUUUUUGACUGUUUCCUCUGAUACUUGACCGAUGGGUUGUUUUUCAGUAGUUAAGAGUCUUGUAAUGGUGGGGGAAAGGGUUGCUGCUGUCGUAGAAGCAGCUCUGUUAUAGAGCAACACUGUCAGAACACGUAAGAGAAACUCUGUGUAGGUCGUAAAUUAGAAUAGAAGAUGAACUAGACAUAGGUGAGUAGGCACAUCACAUGGACUAACUGUAUGCUUUUGCAGAAAAAAGGUAUAGAUAAUUUGCAUGUCUUGGAAAUGUGGAGGAAUGCUGUGGUUUAGGGGUGCUGUGUAAUACAGAGUAAUCUUGUAUAUGAUCGACUCUGGAACUAGAGGGAGGUACAUCUAUAGCUCUGAGCACUGAGUUCUUGGAAAAAAAGAUUAAUUUUGAGGUUUACCAUAUGUCUGCCAGCCAAAACCGGUUCAGAUUUAACAGAAGCCACCGUUUAAGACUUGGUUUGCAUUUUGGUUGCAGUGACAGCCAGUGAGCAGGAAAAAAUUAAUAAUAAAAAUAAUAAUAAUAAUAAUAAUAAAAAAAAAACCAAAAUAAAAGCCCACGGUGACAUACUUCUUUUCUUGCUAAGUUGAUGUUGUGGCUAUUUACUUUAUCGAUAAAGAUGCUGUUAAAAAAAGGUA